AUUUUCAUUUUCUCUCGUCGAGGAAAUUUCUGCAGGUUCUUCUCUCCGUACAAUUCAACAGGAACAAGUGACAUAUGAUGAAGUUGCAAACGUACGCUGGGUUUAGUUUAAUUGCCACAACCGCUGUUAUUUACCAUGCCUUCAAUAGUAGACGUCAGUUUUACCCAGCAAUGGUUUACUUGUCGACUUCAAAAAUCAGUUUGGUGCUGCUCUUGAACAUGGGCCUGAUACUCAUGUGCUUUAUGUGGCAAUUGGCGAAGAAAAUCUUCCUCGGCUCACUCAGAGAAGCGGAAGUCGAAAGGCUGAACGAGCACUCAUGGAGAGAAGUCAUGGAAAUACUCUUUGCAAUCACUAUUUUCAGACAAGAUUUUUCGGUUGCGUUUCUUGCCAUGAUUACUGCUCUACUUCUGAUCAAGGCUUUGCAUUGGUUGGCACAAAAGAGGAUCGAAUAUAUCGAAACAACUCCAUCUGUUUCGAAGCUUUCUCAUAUUCGGAUUGUUUCGUUCAUGGGGUUCCUCCUUGUUAUUGACUGUGUUUUUCUGCACAGUUCUAUCAAGCACUUGGUAGAAACCAGACAGGCUUCGGUUUCGCUCUUCUUUUCGUUCGAAUACAUGGUACUGGCCUUGACGACUGUAUCAACCUUUGUGAAGUAUAUAUUCCAUGUCAGAGACAUGUUUAUGGAAGGACAGUGGGAAAAGAAAGCCGUGUACACGUUUUACUUGGAGCUUAUCAGAGACUUGCUCCACUUGACUUUGUGCAUGUGUUUCUUCCUCAUCAUUUUUUUGAACUACGGCGUGCCUCUUCAUUUGAUCCGAGAGCUUUACGAGACGUUCCGUAACUUCAGAAUCCGUGUGGCUGAUUACAUACGCUACCACAAAAUCACUUCAAAUAUGAACGAUCGUUUCCCAGAUGCAACUCCCGAAGAGCUUGACGUAAGUGAUGCCACCUGCAUUAUAUGUCGCGAGGAGAUGACAGUUGCUAAGAAACUCGUCUGCGGGCAUCUUUUCCAUGUCCACUGCCUCAGAUCAUGGUUAGAGAGACAAAAUACAUGCCCUACUUGCAGAGCCCUCGUUAUACCGCUUGAUAACGGGGUUUCUACUUCUGCUUCAAGGGCUGAUGGCCAUCAUCAAGGAACUAGCACAAAUGGUGCAUCUUCUCAAGGAUCGAGUGCUGACCGGGUGCAAAAUGAUAAUGUGGUGAGUCAGCAUCAGGCUAGACUACAAGCUGCUGCUUCUGCUGCAUCGCUGUACGAGAAAUCUUUCGUUUAUCCAUCUCCAAAUGCUCUAACGUGUGGAUUACCUCAACAAUAUGCAAACACAUCUUUCGCCUGGUCAGCACAGUGUACAUCUGUUCCUCCACAGUUCCCGUGUAUGCAUGGAGAACUUGAGUCGGGAUCAAACUCUCAACUGGCUUUACACAAUAAACUAAUUAAGCACCAGAUUGAGUUUAUGCAAAAUCAAUUGCAGCUUUUACGGAAAUCGAAAGGAGAGAAAACAGUGGAUCAAGUGUCAUCUGAUAUCAAGGGUAAGUCCGUACCAUCUUCAUCUUCAUCGGUAAUCGACUCUUAGUGAUAAUUUUUAGCAUCUAUCUAAGAGCUACAGCUGAGAGAGAGAGAGAGUGCUUUAAGUUUUGCAUUUUUUCGUCCCAACGAGUAUAAUAUGAAUCAGUACUUAGUUCGGAAAAUCCGAUGUAAUUUUCUGUAAAUUAGCACAAGAAAUGUUUACGUAAGCCAUGCUCGAGAGCGACGAACAUGGAGAAAUGUUAUAUAAGUUGAUAGGAUAGGUUUUCACAGUUAAUCUUUGACAAUUAGAUGAGAUUCAAAUUUUAAUUAAUCAAUGAAUUACUUAAUGGGCCUUUAGAAAA